AUGACGGAAAAUUCUCAAGCCCAGCCGCCGCUGCGGAUUGGCACUCGGAGGUCAAAUCUGGCCGUUAUCCAGGCUGAGGGUAUCCGCGCCAGCCUGCAGAAAGUUGCACCAGACCGAACAUAUGAGAUUGAGGCACUGCACACUCUUGGCGAUAAAGAUAAAUCCACAGAGCUUUACAACUUUGGGGCAAAGAACCUAUGGACGGCUGAGCUGGAAGAAAAACUUACCUCUGGGGAAUUGGAUGUCAUCGUUCAUUGUCUCAAAGAUAUGCCGACAAGGCUUCCUGACUCAUGCGAUUUGGCAGCCAUUCCUCUCCGUGAUGACCCUCGUGAUGCUCUGAUUAUUAAGGCGGGUUUGCCAUAUACCAGCCUCAAGACACUGCCCGAAGGCGCGAUUAUUGGCACUUCAUCGGUGCGGCGAUCUGCGCAGCUCCGUCGUCUUUAUCCUCAUCUUCGCUUUGCCAACCUGCGCGGCAACGUGGAAACUCGGCUUGCCAAGGUUGACAAUCCUGAGAGCGAGUAUACUUGCAUGAUCAUGUCCGCAGCUGGCCUUGAGCGAGUUGGUCUCAAGCAUCGCAUCAAUCAGUAUCUGGGCUCCAAGGACGGAGGCAUCUUACACGCAGUUGGCCAGGGAGCUCUCGGCCUGGAGAUCCGGAAGGGAGACGCCAAGGUCUUGGAAUUGUUGGACCAAUUGGCUGAUGAGAAGUCGACUCUGGCUUGUCUUGCUGAGCGAUCUCUGUUGUAUACUCUCGAAGGCGGCUGCACUGUCCCUAUUGGUGUUGAGACGGAGUGGGUUGACGAAUCAAAGCAUGUUCUGAGGAUGAGAGCAAUUGUUGUUAGUCUUGACGGCACUCAAAGUGUUGAAGACUCUAUCGAUGCAACGGUGAAUACCAACGACGAAGCCAAGGCACUUGGACGGGAAUUGGCCGAAAGACUGGUGAAGGCUGGUGCGGAGGCAAUUUUGAAAGAGAUUAAUGCCACCCGACCACCCAAGGAUUGAUGUUAUGAUUGCUUCCCGUAUAGAUAGCGGUGUACAAAUUAUGGAUAGAAUACCCUCCUCAUAAAUCACGCAUAGAAUAAGCAAACUUUUUUAACUGUAGACUCUAUUUAUCUCUUACUUGCUAGAUAUGCAUUCUACUACC